GAGAGAAGAAGAGGAAAGAGAUUUCUUGCAAGAGAAAGAGAAAAUUAGGGUUAGGGUUGCAGAGAAACAGAGAGGAGGAAGGAUUCAUCUCUGUAUUCAUCUCUCACCCUUUCUCUUAAUCUUCUCGAUCUUUUCUCAAAUCAAUUUCACUGUUUCAUGGGGCUUCAAUCUUUUCCGAUCUCUGAAAUGGACGCGACCGAUGAAAUGCACGAAGCGAUGUUCGCGAAACGAGGUUGUUGUUUUAUUCUUCCUUGUCUUGGAUCAUCUCAGCCAUCUGGUCCUAACGGAUCUGUGUGGUGGCAACGAAUCAGAACCGUUGAUAAAUUGGAGCCUGAUGAGCGGUGGUGGGUCUCCGGGUGGAUGAAGAUGAGGGAAUGGUCUGAGCUCGUGGCUGGUCCCAAAUGGAAAACUUUUAUCCGUCGCUUUGGACGUAAUCACUGCUGCGGUGGCGUUGACGGUGGUUGUAAUCGGCCGGAGCAUGUUAGUUUCCGGUAUGAUUCGUGGAGUUAUUCUUUGAAUUUCGACGACGGAAAACAGACGGGUCAUUUUGAAGAUGAGUUUCCUUAUCGUGAUUACUCGAUGAGGUUCGCCGCCCCGUCUCUGCCGGUUUCUACUAAAUGCUCCAUUGAUUUCGACAAUGAUAACCACGCGCCGUCGCUGUUUAAGUGAAAAAUGCCACGCGCUUCUCUGUUCUAAAUGGGCUGGCGCUAACGUGCACCGCACACUGAUGAAAGGGGAGAGACAUUAGAAGAAAGAAUGGAUUUUAAUUCUGUGGAAAGAAAUAUUAUUUUUUACACAGCUUUCAUUUGUUUGUUUUUUUUUUUUUUUUGUAAUUCUUUCACUUCAAAUGAAAUUGUUUGUUUGAUCAUUAUUUUCUCCCAAAUUUGGAGUAAUUUCCAUGUAAACAGGCACACAGAGACAAACUUGUUAGAAAAAGAUAUGAUGAAGGAAACAUAUAUUUAUAU